AUGUUACUUCUCAUUAUCCUCGCUAUAACCAAUGGGAUCAUUAAUACGGAGGAACUGCCGCCUUCAUGCAGUAAACCAGUAUACUGUAACAGUAAGUUGCUGCACUAUGUACAAUUAGCAAGAAUUUAUCCAGACUCUAAGACAUUCGUCGACCUUCAACUUCGAAACGACGAGAACACUACACUAAAGGCUUUUGACGAACUCCUCGACCAAACAAACCAGAACCCGACAAAAGACCAAAUUCAAGCUUUUGUUGACCAGUAUUUCGAACCCGGUAACGAACUCGAAGUAUGGAAACCAAAUGACUACAGCGACAAUCCCGCAUUCUUGGCCAAAGUGCGUGAUAACACCCUAAGACAGUUUGCAAGCGAUAUUAAUGCAAUUUGGCCGACCCUCGGUCGUAAAGUUAAACCGAUCGUCUUUGAAAAACCUGAUAAAUACAGCUUUAUUCCGAUAUCCAAUGGUUUCAUUAUACCAGGUGGAAGGUUUUCCGAAAUAUACUAUUGGGAUGCAUAUUGGAUUAUAGAAGGACUUCUGAUUUGUGGAAUGGAGAAUACUGCACGGGGCAUGAUCGAGAAUCUCAUUCAGCUACUUAAGAAACUCGGUCACGUGCCCAAUGGCAGCAGAUGGUAUUAUGAACAGCGCAGUCAGCCCCCUCUCUUAACAGCAAUGGUGUCUCUUUAUGUACAACAAACGAAAGACCUUGCCUUCCUCGAAGCUAACAUUGAAGCACUUGAAGAUGAGAUGGAAUAUUGGCUCGAAUCGCAAGCAAUUACGUUUGUAAAGUGUGGAAAAUCGCAUACUCUGUUACGGUAUUACGCUCCUAGUCAAGGGCCUCGACCGGAGUCUUAUUACGAAGACUAUACGAUAGCUCAACAAUUCGAAAAUAAAGAACGCCAGGAGGAAUAUUACGUGGACAUUAAAGGCGCCGCCGAAAGUGGCUGGGAUUUCUCCACUCGCUGGUUUAUCGGAAGUCUGGGCCAAAAUACUGGCAAUUUAAGCACCAUACACACUAGCGAAAUAGUUCCCGUCGAUUUAAAUGCGAUCUUCGCCAAUGCUUUGCAGAAUAUAGCCUACUUCCAUGGCUUAUUGCGGAAUACACGUAAAGGUGCUCACUGGGCUUAUCUCGCAAAACAAUGGCGCAUUACAAUUGAUGCAGUGUUGUGGGACGAGGCCGAUGGUAUAUGGUACGACUACAACUUGGAAAAUGGAAAACAUCGCAAAUACUUCUACCCAAGCAACGUAGCACCAUUAUGGAUGAACGCGGUAGAAAGACACGUGUUGAAGAAGCACGCUCCUCGCGUAGUAAAAUAUUUGCAAGGUUCGCAAGGUCUUAACUUCCCAGGCGGUAUACCAACCUCCUUAAUCAAGAGUGGGGAACAAUGGGACUUCCCGAACGCGUGGCCGCCUCUAGUCAGUAUAGUUGUUAACGCACUGCGGGCAAUAAAUUCACACGAGUCGCAGCAGAUGGCUUUCCACGUUGCUCAAACUUGGGUCCGUGCCUGUUUGAAAGGUUUCACGGAGAAUAAGCAGAUGUUCGAAAAAUACGACGUCGAGCAGCCAGGCAAAAUCGGCGGAGGUGGAGAGUACACUGUACAAACUGGUUUCGGUUGGUCGAACGGUGUUGUUUUAGAAAUGAUUAAAAUGUAUGGAAGGAGACUAACCGCGACGGAACCCUUGGAUGCGACGGGAAAAAACGUUGUCACCGUAUCAGAGAUAAAAGAAUCGUUUGAGUCUGUAGCAGAAAAUUAA